UCAAAACUCUAUGUGGAGGCAGGAGGGAGGGUGGCUGGAUUGGAGCAAGGGCGCCCCAGUCUCGCUGCUGCCCCUUCUUGUCAUCGGAAUGCGGUGCCACUGUGAAAAAGUGAGAUGUCGACAACUGAGAUCCUGUUUCGUUCCUGACGGAAGGCUCUUAUUGAGAUUGGCAGUCAGAGCCUCAAGAAGAUAUUCGUGAACUUGGACUGGGAAGCAACUAUAAUGUGUUGAAAAAAAUGGAAGGAUAUUGCCAGAGGAUAACCAGAUACGCCACAUCAU